AAAUUUCCUUCUCUCGUACAAAUACAAAAAGAUUCCCAUUUGUAAAGGCACUUCUUGUUUUCUCAUGGGUGUGUCAUGUCGAAUAUUUGAUUGUAAUUAUCGCGGGAAUAAGGAUUGCGUACUAAAAAUCUUUAUAACAAUUCGAGAAUCCCUCCGUAUGGUCGAAAUUUCUUCCACUAAACAAAAGAGAAUGUUCGGCCGAUAAAGGAGAAUUAAUUUUAUUUUCGUUUAUUUGGGAAAAAUUCAAUUUUCGCAAGACGCGUACAUUUGCGGUUGGAGUUCGUACGUUGCGAAAGCAAUUAAAAGACAUUUUACAAGAAAAUAUCCUGGAUUCAUUCCCUGAUUUCCAAGCGAUCUGUUGUGAAGGAAAUCGAUUUUUGCUGCAUUAUCUACUGCUUAUGUGCAAAUACUCAGAAUUGAUCAAAUUUCAUAAGAUUACCCAAGUUUCUCAGCAAAUAAUAUAUACUCAAUGUCAAAAUCAAAGUGUGACAAACUCUUGGCAGAAAAGUUUAUUCAAGAGCUUGAGAUAUUUCUCAAGAAUAAUGAGCCAGAAAAGGCUUUGGAACUUUUUAUCAGUGAGAAAUAUGCAGCUGUCAUUCCUGAUUCUUCAUGGGAUGUCAUUCCACUGGUCUCAUCUUAUCUUACAAUGACAAAUAAACUCAAUGAGCAGCCCUUAUUUAACUGCUGUAUAAGGAUAUUGGAUAUUGUAGCUGAAAAAUGUUGUCCGUCUGAGACAGUUCUAGAAUUUUUGGAACAAGUAGAAUGUGACGACUAUGAUGUAAAAUUUUCUGUGCUUCUAAAACCUCUUGGAACAAGCUUAACCAGAAUGGAUGAUAAAACAAAAGCUAUCGAAUGGUGUAUCAGUACAAUAAGAGCAUAUACAGAUGGUCUUCCAUUGCCAUACACUGAGACAGAAAAUAAUAUUCAGGACAAGCCUCACAUUGAUGCAGACGUGAUGUCAAGAAGGAUCAUGAAAGUGUACAGGAAUAUUCUCAACUUUCUGGAGCCAUUAGUCAAUGAAGCAUCACUUGAAAAAGGAAUCACCAGCAAGAGUCGCAACUACCUCUUGAGUCUACUUCUUUCACUGUUGGGAAAACCGUUCUGUUAUAUAUCAACAGAACUUGUGGACUUGGAAUCGAUACUUACAGGAGGAGGUCGUUCCAUAGCAGAAAUGAUUGUCACUUAUAUUACAUAUCUUACGGGUGAUUCGUUUCGCUUUCUUAAAAUUCUUGAUGACCGAUGCAACCAGCGUAAUAGAAAACUCAUUGGGGAUUCAGACAAGCAUGAAUCACAUGGAAAUUCCGAGGUCAAUCUAUUUGCAUCAGAAGAAAACGUAUCUGAUCUCGCGUAUGCGCAAUUUUACUACCUCCUCAUGGAACUAGAAUCAUUACAAAACAAAUUACCCCGAGUAUACCAUCCACAUUAUCUUAUACAUACUUGUUUCUAUCUUGCAAAGUGCCUUUUACAAAAGUCCAAAGACACACUUAUCCGUAAGGGUUUGAGACUGAUACAAAUAUUAUUAAAACAUGUAGACAAAUUUUCAGUAGGUCCUGAUGCUUUGGAAUUAUCGGUUCACUCUGAGCUCUUUGGUACAAUAACAAAAAUCAUGGUAUACUGUGAAUCGGAGAAAGAACGACACACUGCUCUUCAGGUCUUUGAAGACUAUUUAAAGAUUUUUAAUUUACAAGCAAGAUACUUGGUGAUUUUGCAUUUGUACGAAACUAGCAAUCAUACUGGCUUAAUAAGCAUCAUUACUAAUGCAUUUAAAAGCUCCAUAGUAAUGUGCCUCAAUGAAAAUCCGCACAAUCCCUGUUUCCUAGGCAAGAAAAUGAAAACUUUAUUAAGCAGAGCUUGUAGAUUAUCUCAUGGUAGUGCAACAGACUUGAUAGAGAUAUCGGAUGAAGUUAUCACAGCUCUAAAUCUCCUAAGGUUCCUAACUAUUAGAGACAAAGAAAAUGCCACUGGCAUUUGGGAUUACAUAGAAAAAUUGCAAACUGAUUACUUAAAUCCUUUGAGAAAGGGUAUAGAUUUAGCACAUGCACACUGGAAAUAUAAAAUAAAGGAUCUGGAGCUUCAGAAAAAGAAGUCUUCGAAAAACUUAAAUACAACUUUGCCACACAAUGCAAAACAAACUAAUGAGUUAGAUGAUUCAGUAACAAUAACAGUUGGCGGAGAAAAUUUACCAGUUAUGCCGAUCUCAGAAAAAAUUAGAUUUUGCGAACAGGCAAUGAAUGCGUUAGAUGUAAUGGAAAGUAUCCUUAUUAGAGUGAAUGAGUGUAUUGCUGAGAAUUCUUCGACAUACUAAUUCAAAUGGCGUCUACAGAUUUUCUGAAAGAUUCUUUUCUUCAUGUUAACUAAUCGAAUGGUGAAUAGGUACACAUUUUCGUCUUUAAAUGUCAUUUGCGUAUACUGAUCUAUUAUUAGAAUGUUUAUACAGCAAAGUACCAUUAUACUAAAAAUUAAUUUUUUAAAGUUGCACAUUAUUGUUGAUGCGUAUUUUAAGUUGUACACGAUAAUGUUCUUUUUUGUUUGUUGAAUAAAGUAUUUUCUCUACUUUCA